GUGCUUUGUGUCGGUCAGCUGUUUUCCGCUCAGUAGCUAAUAAUUUGUUCGCCACUUUAUCAGUUCAAUUGAAACGGUAUUUACAGUAUAUUUGGUCAGUAGAAUUUUGGCAGCGUUGACGUUUUCAUAACGAAAUUUUGGAGUGCGUGCGUGCUCAACCGCUAAACUAUUUAUUUUUAUGUUAAGAAUUAAAUUUCGGCGCAUAGUUUGCCGGACAAAUUAAAUCUAAAGUUCUUUAGAAAAAAUUACAAUGAGUGGUCAAUUACCAAAUACAAUUUGCAAUGGUGAAUUAGAAAUUGUUAAAAUAACUGAGGAUUUGUACGACCAAGCUGUCAAGCUUUUUAGAGAUAAUUUCAUGCAAAAUGAAAACAUUUGCAUAGGAACCAAUCUGCUCAGCUCACCUCAGGCUAUUAAAGAGUUACAAUCGCUAUGCAGAGGGAUACUCAAGGAUAACAUCUCAUUUGCUGCACGCAAUCUUACGAAUGGAGAGUUGGCUGCCAUCGCUGUCAAUCAUCUAAUGUCUUCAAAGCUGCAAAAUGCUUCAUUGGGUGAUGCCAUGAACAACUUCCAAUCGCCUGAAAUGAAAUGCAUUUUUGGAGUUCUCCAACGCAUUGAAAGUAGCGUUGACAUCUACAGGGCUUUAGAAAUCGAUAGCGUAAUAGAGAUUGUCUUCCUAUCCACCGACGCUAAUUACGUGCAACGUGGACUAGCGAGUAUUUUAUCGGAGCACUCCAUCAAUUAUGCGCGUCGUUUACUAAGUGGCAUACUGGCGGAGGAAGAUUUACCAGCGGCACAUGUGCGGACGCUUAAACCCGGUGCAGUUUGCUCUAUAUUCACAUCUCUAUUCACACAACGCAUUGGGCGCAAGUUUAAUUUUGAGAUUUUAAAUAAAGUGCCAUUUAGGGAAUUUUCAUUUGAGGGAAAAACAUUCGCUGAGCGAAUAGAUCCCAUACACGAGUUUGCGACAUUUGAAGCGUUGCGAUUGUGAGAGAUGGCUGAGUGGAAAAUGAGGCGGGGAAAGAUGUUAAAAAUACGCAAAUACAUACAUACAUACGUAUAAGAUUGUGUUGCUAACCAGGCGUUUAUUGUGAAUAGAAUAUCGCUUGAGAUACGAGUAUUUGAAAGCUCUGAAGUCAUAAAACUAAACGUUCCGAAAUAAAGGUCCUUGACAAAUCUUGGGCGUGUAGAGUAUUUUUUCUAUGCUCACAGAAAUAUAUACAUAAUA